UCUCUCUCUCUAUCUAUUCUUCUUCAUGUCAACAAAAUAACAAAAAGUUCAUUUUUUUUUAUGUCAAACUAUACAGUUUUUUUUAUGUUCAAAUUUGUCUACGCAAUGGCGAUAGAACCUAUGAAUUUUUUUUUUCAUAAUGUAAAUCUGUUAAUCUUAGCAAAGAAGCAAUUUUGAAUGUUGAAUUGUUUUAGUUUUACAAUUCUGUGAAUUGGGUUUUUGUAUAAUUGUAAGAUUACGUUAUUCUUGUAGUUUUUGCGAUGUCGAAAGUUGGUGGAAAUGAAAAAUUGUUGGAUGAUAUUGAAGCUCUAAAUAAAGCUUUGUGUUUGGAUAAUAAAGGUGGACGGAGGAGUUUGAUGUUAGGAGCUAGUAAUCGUUCAAUUUCUGUAGGAAAAACCCAUCAGAAAUCGAAGAAUAGUGAUGAUUUAUCAGGGAAGGAGAAUAAGAAAUCCAUUUGGAGUUGGAAAGGCCUAAAAUCUCUAGCUGUUAGGAACAAAAAAUUUAAUUGUUGUUUUUCUGUUCAAGUACAUUCUAUUGAAGGGUUAUCAACAUUGUUUGAUGAGCUUUGCCUUGUUGUGCAUUGGAAGAGGCGAGAUGGUGAGUUAACGACUCGUCCUGUUGUUGUUUCUAAAGGGGUAGCUGAGUUUGAGGAACAGUUGACUCAUACAUGUUCUAUAUCUGGUAGCAAGAAUGGUCCUAAUCAAUCAGCAAAGUAUGAGGCUAAACAUUUUUUGUUGUAUGCUUCUAUAUAUGCUACCCCUGAUCUUGAUUUAGGAAAGCAUCGCGUUGAUCUUACUAGGUUGCUUCCUCUUGCAUUGGAUGAAUUGGAGGAGAAUAGCUCAGGCAAGUGGAGUACUAGUUUCAGGUUAUCAGGUAAGGCUAAAGGUGCAACCAUGAAUGUUAGUUUCGAGUAUCACAUCGUUGGGAAAACUUUUACUGUGUUUCCUAGCAGUACGAGUCUUCUCGAUGUGAACAACUUGAGGCGCAAUAGUGAAAAGGUAGCAAAAAUUUUGGCACAAUGUGAGCAAAGUGAUGAGCUGAGUAAAACUAUGAGGCGAGCAGGGAGCCUUCCUGCUCGAUCUUCUGCUUCACAGUGUUCAGCUGAGAAUAUAAAAGACCUUCACGAGGUUUUACCAGCUCCUUCUUCUGAACUUUCCAUAUCUGUAAAUGUGAUGUAUCAGAAACUUGAGGAAGAGAAAGUGGAAUAUUCAGUUGAUUGCAAACCGCAGAUAGAUGUAUGCUGUGAUGAUGUUAAGACCCUAAAACCCAACAUAGCCUUGCUAUCGGAGCCUGAGAAGGGAAAUAUUGAAAAUGGGGACGAUUUAAGUGAGGUUUCUAUCAGAGAUCAAGGUAUAGAAGUUGCCUCAGAGGUACGAGAGGGAAAAGAAGAAGAAACCACGAAAACUGGUGAUACUCCUUCGGAAGAGAAUGCUGAACCUAAUAGUAGUUUUGGGACGUUCAAUGAAGAGGAGCCACAGCUUGCAUUGUUGUCCAAGGAAGUUGACACUGAGAAUAAAGAUCUUUCAGUGAGUGCCUGCAAUUUCGAGACAGACAAAUCUUCAAAAGAGUCGAUCAUGAAAGAAUUAGAGUCUGCCUUAAAGAGGGUCUCUGACUUGGAAAACGAGGGAUUUGAUUCUCAAGAUGAUGAAAAUGAAGUUAUAAAUCAUGAUGGAGGCUUGAACAUAAAAGGAAACUUUGGGGAGCUUAGGAAGGGAAAAUCCCUAAGCUUGGAUUAUGACGCUGAAUCUGUGGCUAGUGAUUUUCUGGAUAUGCUAGGGAUAAAUCAAUUUUCCCCGAGUUCUGAAAGUGAGCCUGAUUCCCCAAGAGAACGACUGCUGAGGCAAUUUGAGAAGGAUACUUUGGCCGAUGGGGGUUCCUUGUUCAACUUUGAUGAGGACAUUGAUCACCAAGACUUCGCUUGUGAUGCUUCAACUGGAUCCGAUUGGAGGAGCAUUUAUGAGGAUUUUGAUUAUUCAUGUAAUGUAGAGAUGCCAAAGAUAGAAAUCGAAGCAACAAGCAAUAAAAUUGGGGCGUCGAUGUUGGAGGACUUGGAGACAGAGGCUUUGAUGUACGAAUGGGGCUUGAACGAGAGGGCAUUUCAAUGUUCCCCUCCUAAGAGCUCAAGCGGUUUUGGAAGCCCAAUUGAUAUUCCUCUUGAGGACCCUUCCCAAUUGCCCCCUCUUGGAGAAGGCUUAGGACCCUUCAUUAAGACUAAAAAUGGAGGAUUUUUAAGAUCAAUGAACCCUUCACUUUUCAAGAAUGCCAAGAGUGGGGGGAGCUUGAUAAUGCAGGUAUCCAGUCCAGUGGUGGUUCCUGCAGAAAUGGGAUCUGGCAUAAUGGACAUACUGCAUCAUUUAGCUUCCAUUGGAAUUGAAAAGCUCUCUAUUCAGGCAAAUAAAUUGAUGCCUUUAGAAGAUAUUACUGGCCAGACAAUGCAACAUAUAGGAUGGGAAACUGCACCAAGCCUAGAUGGAACUGUGAGACAAGAAUUUUUGCAGCAUGAAUUUGAGUAUGGAAAAAAUAUGGCUGGUAUUCAAAGUAAUAAGGGGAAAUUGCACAGACCAAAGUCCAGCAGCAAGUUGGAGUCAAAUUCUGCCGGGCUUGACAAGGACUCAGAAUACGUAUCAUUAGAGGACCUUGCUCCUUUGGCGAUGGAUAAAAUUGAAGCCCUUUCAAUCGAAGGUUUGAGAAUACAGUCAGGCAUGUCAGAUGAGGACACACCUAAUGUAAGCUCAAAACCCAUUGGUGAGUUUUCAGCCAUCGAGGGAAAGAAGGUCAACUUUGGAGGAGCUGUAGGUCUAGAAGGAACUGGUGGAUUGCAGUUACUGGACGUUAAAGACAAUGAUGGUGGUGGUGAGGUUGAUGGACUAAUGGGCUUAUCUCUCACUCUUGAUGAAUGGAUGAAGUUGGACGCCGGAGAAAUUGAUGAAAUCAGCGAGCGGACGUCCAAACUGCUUGCAGCUCAUCAUGGUACCUGCACUGAUUUGUUUCGUGGUAGGUCGAAGAAACGUGGCAAGGGUAAGAACUGUGGGUUGUUGGGAAACAGCUUUACAGUGGCCCUAAUGGUGCAACUUCGUGAUCCUUUAAGGAAUUAUGAGCCAGUUGGUACACCUAUGCUUGCUCUUGUUCAAGUGGAGAGAGUUUUUGUAACACCUAAAGCUAAGAUAUACAGCACAGUUUCUCAAGUUAGAAAGAGCAAUGAAGACGAUGAUGAUAAUGAACUCAAGCCCCCCCAAAAAGAAGCUGGUGGUGUGGAUGUGAAAGAAGAACAGAUUCGUGAAGAUGAAGAAAUCCCUCAAUACAAAAUCACUGAAGUACAUGUUGCAGGUUUAAAGACAGAACAAGGUAAAAAGAAAUUAUGGGGUUCGUCAAGUCAACAGCAAUCAGGAUCGCGUUGGUUGCUGGCGAAUGGAAUGGGAAAGAAGAAUAAGCAUCCAUUAAUGAAGUCAAAGGGUGUAAAUAAAUCAUCAAUAGCAGCUGCUUCUUCUCUAGCAACCACAACAACAGUGCAGCCUGGUGAGACGUUAUGGAGUAUAUCAUCACGGGUGCAUGGUACAGGGGCUAAAUGGGAGGAAUUAGCUGCAUUAAAUCCACACAUCAGAAAUCCAAAUGUUAUUUUCCCUAAUGAAAAGAUUAGAUUGAGGUAGCAUUGUACGUAGAACAUCAUUUAUAUAUAUGAUUGAAAAAAUGAAGCUUCAAUCUCUCUACUUACUUUUUGAAGAAAUCAUGAUUUCAUAUCACAAUGUAAGCUAAAUUAUUAGGCUUACCAAUGUUGAAUA